CAGCUCCAACGCAACCUCUGCAACGGCUCCAUACUAUGAAGUCUAUCCUUCAGGAACUAUGAAGUCUAUCCUUCAGGAACUAUGAAGUCUAUCCUUCAGGAACUAUGAAGUCUAUCCUUCAGGAACUAUGAAGUCUAUCCUUCAGGAACUGUUGCAGCAUGGGUCCCCAUGGGCAGCAGCUUCCCUAGCCUUCCUACCCCAUUGUGGCUUCUCUCUGAACCAGCUCCUGAAUGGCUCAGCAUGGGCUGUGCCUCCUUCAGGUCUCAUCCACUGCUGCCCAGGGGGUCCUCCAUGACUGCAUGUGGAGAUCUGCUCUGUGUGGUGCCCCUUCACAAUGAGGAUGACCCUCCAGAAUCUUCAGUGGCUGAGCAGCCUUCUACUUCUACAGAGAUGACACAGACUCCUCAGACAGCAGCCUUAUCUGAAGCAGAUACCUCCCCACCACCUUACUGUAGCAUAGGCGUAGAAGCAGCUGCAACCUCAGAAACACACAAUGAAUUUUAUCCUGUACCACCUCCAUACAGUGUAGCUACCUCUCUUCCUACUUACGAUGAAGCAGAGAAGGCCAAAGCUGCAGCAAUGGCAGCUGCUGCAGCAGAAGUUGCCCAGCGUCACGCCCAGUUUAGGGAGUCUAGGAGUCUGUUUGAUGAAAUAUUCCACAGUCGUCCCGAGGAAGAAGAGUAUCCACCACGGGAUGAUUUCAGUGAUGCAGAUCAGCUUAGAGUGGGCAAUGAUGGCAUCUUCAUGUUGGCAUUUUUCAUGGCGUUUAUUUUCAACUGGAUUGGAUUUUGUUUAUCUUUCUGUAUAACCAAUACCAUAGCUGGAAGGUAUGGUGCAAUCUGUGGAUUUGGUCUCUCUUUGAUCAAAUGGAUUCUCAUUGUACGGUUUUCAGAUUACUUUACUGGAUAUUUCAAUGGACAGUACUGGCUUUGGUGGAUAUUUCUGGUACUUGGACUCCUCCUGUUCUUUCGAGGCUUUGUCAAUUAUCUUAAAGUCAGAAACAUGUCUGAAAGCAUGGCAGCUGCUCACAGAACAAGAUUCUUUUUCUUGUAUUAAAGACUGCAUCAAACAGACAUUCCUUUCUUGUACCAGUGUGAAAUUUCCAGAUGAUCCCUAAUCCUGCAAGUUAAUAGGAUAGAAGACUACUAAAAACAGAAGACAAAUUAGUGAAGAUACAGCUUGAAAAUUGAAUGACAGGAUGGCUUAUGCUCAAGUGCCAGUUGUAGUCAUUCUAAUAAAUAUUUAUAAUUGCUGCCUUUUUUCCAGCACAUUUGCAUAUGUGCUUACAAAAAAAAACAAUAGUGCUGAAGUAAGAACAAACCAUCUGUUAGUAUAGAUUAGGUACAGCCAGACUUGGUUAAUCUGUACUUGUUUUACCUGACACAUGUGAGUGGUAACUUGUUUCACAAAAUGUAUGUACCACUGACUUGUUGAUCUGAAGUUUGAGUAAAAUGAAAUGCAUUAAAUGAUUUAGAUUAACCAGUUCAGACAAUUUUUUCUAUAAUUUAGAUUCAUCAAAUGAUUAUGUAGAACAAUUUUACUGUUCACUAAAACUCAAAAUUUCCUUGUUGUCACAAACUUGCAUUCAUCAAUAUUUUAUGGAAUUCACACCAGUAUACUGGUUUACUUAGGGAUGAUACCCCACGUUGAGUCCCCUGUAAAUAAUUCUGCUUAGAUUACUAUUUAAAUUGCUUCUUAGGAACUGUGUCAAAAUAUAUUUUGUAACAGUAUAUUCUCCAAAUUGUUUAAUCUUCAUAAGAGCCAUAUGCAUUUUUUUUGUUAAUUUGAUUAUUUGGGUAUAAUUACUAUUAAAUGUAAUUUUUGAGGUAAAGGCAUUGAAUUGGUUAUCAUCACAGCUUUCCUCACAUGGAUUUUUAGCAGGAAAGGGCUCGAGUCUGAAAGCCCUUAUUCUUACGUAUGUAAGAAUGAUCCCAUUACUUAAUGGAGCUCAUGUUAGCAGGGAUGGACAGCCUUGCACCUGUAGUCCUGGAUUAUGCAGUUGGAUCCUUGUGUGUGCACCUUUGUUCCUGAAACAGUGUAUUGCAAAUGUAUUCACUGAUUUAUAACACUGACUCUGUUUAAAAAGUCUCAAAUCUGAUAUAAACUCAACAUCUAUUUAGGAUAUUCUCAAGAAAAAGAGGAAAAAAAUUCUCUGCCAUUUCAUAAGAAUAAACUAAAUGCAAGAUAACUUUGAAAAUAAUCUAUGAAGGAAAAGAAAUCUUACUUUUAAAGCUCUGAAAUUGGAAAAAAUGUGUUGCACUACUCUCAGUAUUCAUUUACGUUAUACCAUUACUUUGCUAUUAAAUAUCAUCUCUUUGGGGGUUACUGUAAGUGUUAAUGCACAUUUGAUUUCCUUUAAUGUUUAUCAUUUACACUUCUACCUAAGAAGGAGAAUACAUCUCUCAGUCCUUUGUACAACUGGAAUCUCAGUUGCAAAAUACAUUGGUUGUUGGUUGCACCUUUGAGGAAAAAAAUACGAAUACUUUCCUCCAGUUUUUAUAUUAGAAUUCUGCCUUUUUAUUACUAACAUUAAAAAUGAGGUUUAAGUUUUGAGUUAGUGCUGUAUUCAAUUUUGUAUCUGUAAUGAAUGUUUAAAAUAUGCAUAUGUAAACUGGUUACAUUAUUAGUUUUCUUAAUCUUUCAGAGAUACUGAAAGUGAUUAAAACCUUAGGGGCACCUUCACUUCCCAGCUUUUUAUGGAAAGUAAAAUUAAGUAGAAGUUCCUUCUAAACUUAGCUGUUGGUUUCUCUGUUCUUUUGCAUCCAUUGUCAUUAUGAAAUAAGAAACAGAUAAUAAAACAGUGCUUUGUUUUGCUAAUUAA